AUGGCAGAUACAGUACGGCGAUUAAAGGUUCGCACUCACCGAACGUCAUUAUCCGGAGAAACUUCAGCCUCUGAUGAUGAAGUCUUAAAUGUUCAUUCGCAAACUGUAUCCAACAUCACAAUGGACUUUUUCUAUAGGCCCAAAACGAUCUCCUUGUUAAUUUUUGCUGUUGGUAUUGUCGUUAUGAUGGCAUUUAACAGAAAUCCAAAUGUUAAUCGUGAGGACAACAUCGCUUCGGGACUGUUUUGCGUCACUUUUCUAUUCCUUAUCGUGAGUUUGAUGUGUUUCCCUAACGGCCCUUACAUUCGACCUCAUCCAUUAGUUUGGAGGGUGGUAUUUGGAAUUAGCUUAAUAUACCUUUUAGGAUUAACAUUCAUUCUCUUUCAAAAACUGAGUGACGUAAGAGCCAUGCUAGGCUGGUUAUAUCCAGAAUUAUUAGACGUUAAACCAGAAAACAAGUCGUGGGCAACCAACUGCGCCUUUUCUUUUUAUCGUCUUUGGGAGUGCCUUGAUAUUUAUGCUUUCGCUCACUUUAUUGGUUGGGUUUUUAAGGCACUAUUCUUACGCCAUGCUGGUAUACUUUGGGCAAUUAGCGUUCUAUGGGAAAUAACAGAGCUAGCCUUCAAACAUUUAUUACCUAACUUUGCUGAAUGCUGGUGGGACAUGAUUAUACUUGACGUACUAUUGUGCAAUGGACUUGGCAUAUUUGUGGGCUUAUUCAUUUGCCGCAAACUUGAAAUGGCAUCGUAUCACUGGGAAAGUGUCAAGGAUAUUCAUACAACUAGCGGUAAAAUUAGAAGGGUAAUUAUGCAGUUUGGUCCUGAAAGUUUUCAACCCGUAAGAUGGUUUGAACCAACAAGCACAGUUAUGCGAAUAAUGUAUGUAUGGCAGUUACUUUUUGUGUGGCAGAUAUCAGAAUUAAAUACCUUUCUACUAAAGCACAUCCUUAUGGUUCCUAUAUAUAAUAUGCUCAAUACUUAUCGCUUGCUGCUAAUUGGUGCAAUUGUUUCCCCGUCUAUAAAGCAAUAUUACGUAUAUACUACGGACGCUAGAUCCAGGAGCUUGGGUACACAAUGCUGGAUUUUUUUAGCAAUCACACUUAUCGAAUUCCUAAUUUGUCUGAAAUUUGCACCUGAAUUAUUUGCAAAAGCUGACGUAAUUAAAAUUGGCUUGUGGGUCAUCUUUCAGGUAGCUUUGACCUGA